CUCCAUUUUCCCGAUCCAAAGCACACUUGCAUCCAACUAAGAACCAACAAUCUUAUUCUAAAUUGAUCACCAUGGCCCGUACCAAGCAAACAGCCCGAAAAUCCACAGGAGGAAAAGCACCGCGUAAGCAGCUAGCAACAAAAGCAGCGCGAAAGUCUGCCCCAGCGACAGGCGGAGUGAAGAAACCCCACAGAUUCCGACCUGGAACUGUUGCACUUCGUGAGAUCCGAAAGUAUCAGAAGAGCACUGAGCUCCUCAUCCGAAAGCUUCCAUUCCAGCGAUUGGUUCGUGAGAUUGCUCAAGAUUUCAAGACUGAUCUCCGAUUCCAGAGCUCAGCCGUGGCGGCUCUUCAAGAGGCGGCGGAGGCAUACCUCGUCGGACUUUUUGAGGACACGAAUCUUUGUGCGAUCCAUGCUAAGAGAGUAACAAUUAUGCCUAAGGAUAUUCAGUUAGCGAGGAGGAUUAGAGGAGAGCGUGCUUAAGAUGCUAAUGUGUGUGUAGUGAUUAUGUGAUUUCGUUAUUAAGUGAGGUUGAUGAUUUAGAAUGUCCUAGUUCUGUCUUUAUGUGAAUGAAAAUAUGAAGAUUGCUUUUCGUA